AGCUCAGCUUCACCUGCUGUUUGCGCUCAAAGCAUGGAAUGGAAGGCCUUCGUCGCGAGUUGGAGGCCUUGCGCGAGGCGCCGGCACGGGGCCAUGAGCUAUGGCAGCGCAUGCCAGGCACCGGCAACCCCCUGCCAGUGGUGCUCGGUUGCCUCAUGGUGCACGCCAGCCGCACUGGGGUGCACGUGGAUCAGGAGGUGCUCCGCAGCUUUUGGCCUCCGGAGAUGCGGCGGGAGGCGAAGCAGCGCCUGGCGGCCGAGGGCGAAGCUGCCUUCACAGCGCUGCUUCCCCGUUGUGCUGAGAGCCUUCUGGCAGCGCUCACGGAGGGCGAGGCAGCACCCGGGCCGGACUGGCUGGCGCAGUGGAUCGAUGAGGAUGAGCCAAAGGAGCCAGAGGUGGAGGAGGCGCCAAAUGUGCCUGACCUCUACGUCUUCGGCUGCUCAGAUCCAGAAGCCACUGCGCUGCUGUCUGGCCACUACAGGUGCAGCGGCUCCAACCACGGCAAACCUACCUGGGCCAAAGUGUCAGACGCGGAGGAGGCGCCGCAGAUCUGCCUCUACUGCUGGUCCGAGCCCAGCCUCUCCGGGUGGUGGUUUGGCACCUCCGUGGGCGGUGAUGCAGUCAUCGCCUUCCAUCCAGACCCGCGCGCGGAGCCGCCGGAGUCAGGCUGGCACGUACCCUUCAACGGCCCGGUGGACGUGGGUUUGGAGAUCUCCAGCUCACCGCCGCCGGUGCUAGCUCUGAAGACGUUCCAGGACGAUGCGGCGAUGGAUCUUCUAAUUCAGGAUGCGCCGGAAGUUCUAACUCAGGAUGCUGCCGCUGUGCAGCCAGGAAUUCAGGAUGAUGCGGCUCAUGUGGCGCCGAGCAAGCCCAGCCAAGUCUCUUCCGAGGGAGCUGCAGCAUCAAGCAUGCCAUCUCUAAUUCAGGAUGCAGUUGCCGAGCCGAAGCUAGAAGCUCUCAAAGAGGAUCUUGCAGCUAUGACUUGGGGCAAUGCCCUGGCCAGUCAGGCCUUGGAGCAGACAUUGGUGGCACCCCUGGCCACUACCUGGCCCGGACCGCCGCCCAGUGGCGUGCCUUACGCGCCCGCUCGAAACGCGAGCGCCGAGCGUGGGCCGAAGAGGAGCAGCAUGUCCCGCCUGCCGUUCCUGAAGCGUGCGCUGAAACGGAUCCCGCAGCGGCUGAUACAACAGGAGGGCCAGUUGCUGUUGCGGAGUCGAAGUGGCAGCGCGUUGUUGGACGCGCUGCGGCAUCUGCUCGCCGACUUUACGGCGCCAGAGCUGUUCCGCAGCGUCACCGCCAAGGCAUCCAAGGACAAAGCGGGCACUGCGGGCUUGGACGACCUGGACGACCUGUUGCUGCGCUUGGACAUGACUCUUCCUUUGGAAGUCUUGACUGCCCUCUGGGAGACCGCGGUGCACGAGGCAGGGCUGCCUACGGCAGCGGCUGCUGGAGUGCGCUUGAGCUACUCGCAGUUCGCCCGCGCCUUCAUGCGAGAACCAGGCAACACCGCGGAUACAGCCGACGCCGCGGUGUCUGCAGCGUCUACAAAGCUGUCCUCAGGAUUUAAGGCCACCGGCAGGCUGGCUUUCAGUGACCAGUGCCGCCGGCCGCAGCCGGCCUUUCGGAAGCUGGUUGAGCGGACCCAGCGGGCCCAGCGGGCCUCUGAGCACAUUUCCGACGCCUGGAAGAUCGCCACCACUGCCACGGCAAAGGAGGUCCGUGCUGCCACGAUGCGCGCCAAGGAGGUCCCCACUGGCACGAUCGCCAAGGAGGUGCAGCCUGCGGCCAGCUUUCAGAGGACCUUGCUGCAGUUGGUGCAGGGCCUGGAUGAGAGCAGCGUGAGGCUGGCCUUGCAGAUGGUCUUCUCCAAGGAAGCUUGCAAGAAGAUCAGCGAGCUGUUGAAGGCGCGUCGGGCGGCAAGGCUGGCUUUGGACACGCUAUCUCCAGAUCAGCGGGAGGAGCGCAAGCGGAGGCGGAACUACUUGCGUGUGAGCCUCUCUCAUCUUCUGCAGCUGGUGCAGGAGUGGCAUGCCAUCAAGAGCUCCCCGGGCCCUCGCUGCGUUCUAGUGGAGUACCCGGUUGACUUCGCCUGGCAGAAUGACGUGCAGGUCCAUGAAAUAUGCCGGCCCAGGUAUGUGAACAAGUUGGUGAAUGGUGUGCCCUGCAGCGGUACUGAAGAUCUUGUCGAGCUGGAGGUGGUGGCUGUGCGCGAAGGCGGCCCAGCCGCAGCGGCCGGGGUCAGUCAAGGGGACCGCUUGAUGAGCAUCGGCAUGCGCGCUGAGUGGGACGAGCGAGGUGCCGAUUGCCGAGUUCAGACCUUGGCCUUUGAGAUGCACAACUCGCUCCCGGAGGGUGGCACGGUCUCGCGGCUCCUGCAAGCUGCUGGCGGGCCUGGCCAGGGCGAAGAGGACUUUCAGGCCUUUGCAAAGGAGCUGAAGCUGGGCCGCUGCGUGACGGAUCAUUUGGUCCUCGGAGCCUGGGAGGCAGUGCAGAGCUUUCAAUGCCGCACGUACCAUCGCUGUACCCGCCAGCAGGUACACAACGCCCUGCAGAUGACCAACAGCCCCCCAUUGGCCGAAGGUGUUGCUGACUGCUUGGUGGAUGCACUGCUGGAGGCGGAAGCAGAGCAGCAGCCGCCGUUGAGCCUCACCAGUCCUACCCGUGCCGCUUUUAGCGUCCGAGGUACACCGGUGCUGCCAGAGCGCAUGCUUACCCGAUGUCCCUUCUGUGAGGCAUGUGGUGGCCGGGGCCAUACCAAGCAAGCGCCCCACCUGGUGGCUGAGUACGGCGUGAGCUGUGAUCGGCCUCUGCCUGGCUUCUGGGGCGGCAUUUGUGGCGGUGCAGGUCACCUCUCUUGGCAAUGCCCGGGACUGCAGCAGGACCCGGUGGAGGAGCCUCGCUGCAAGCAGUGCCUGGGCUACCUGCCACGCCGAAAUCGGCCUGGGGACCAUCCAGAGCUCAAGCACUUCCUUGCGCAGCGCCUGCCAUGCGAGGUUUGCAGCGGCCUGGGGCACUGGUGGCGAAACUGUCCGCACUUGGAUUCAGAGACCGUGGACGUGCUCCAGUUUGCGCGGCUCCGGGGCGUAUUCAUGGCCGAGAGUCUCCUGGCUGGGACGAGACUGGCGAAUGCAGUUCCGAGCAUGGGGCGAUCCAUGCCUUCCCAUUUGGCCGGUUGCGAUCAGGACAAACCAUACAUAAUAUGAAUUGAUUUAUGGUUAUUUCCU